UUGUGAAUUUUAUUCAUAUAUUUACGAUUUAAUCCUUCGAAAGAUAAAGAUGUCUUCGAAACUACAAGCGAUAAAGCAAAGUGAUAUAAUAAUAACAAACGUUUCGAUGAUAAACGAUAUUGAAUUCUUCCUCGCUCCUAGAUUCGAAGGACGUGGACGUUUAAGCGCGUGAAAGUCGGUUUUCCCUUACGAUAAGAGAGUUUGAUGGGGAGCAGACGAGUACAGAUAAGGCUGGCUGGCAGACACUUGGGCGUCCCGAGGAGAGACGCGAACGUAAACGCUAAAGAUAGCGCAAUACGCGCUGUCCCUCGCUCAAAUCCGCUUCUUGGCCGAUCUUUUAUCAAGUUUCGCCGCGAACUUCUCGAUGAUGCGUAAUUUUCGAUAAUCCAAACCGUUUUAAGCAAUGCCGUAUGCGCACGUAUGCACGUUCUUCUCCUUCGAUCAAGCGGGAUGAGUGCCUUGAACUGUUCUCAGCUUAAGAGUGUGAUAGUGUUGUAGUGUUUCUCGAGAGGGGUUUGAAAUAAUAAUGUGGAACAAGUGGGUGGGUGGCAAGAUUGAUAGCCGGGGAUAAGGAUUAUGUAUUUUUCUCCGUGAAAAAUAUUGCGCGAGAUUAUUAUCUAUUUAUAAAAAUGAAAACUUGAUAUAGAUGAAUGGAAAGUAGCCUAGUGUCGGGAUGAUUUUAAGUUCAGAAGCGAUGAUUUUCUUUUCCUUUUUUUCUCUAGUGUUAAUAAAAUUUAUCAGGAUGAUGAUCGAUUGGAACGAAACGAAAUAACGGGACGACGGCGCAAAGCUUUAUUAAUAUUUUUCUUAGCUUGCAUCCUAGAAAUUCGCAUUCGUCGAUAAAUCAACCGGCGAUUUUCCGCUCGAAAAAAUAAAGAGACUCGGGCUCAGCUAGGCCAGCUUUGAUUUACGAUCUCCAUAUAGGCGGCUCGAGGUGUGGCCCGACUUGCAUUAGAGAAUGAGUCUCUAGAAAUAGUCCCGGACGCGGAAUACAUCCCUAGAAAUAUUAGGCAAUGCCUUCAUGGCGAUUUUUAUCGCGCUACGUCAGUCGUAUAAAGAAAUGCCCUACAUUCUCGCUUUCGAAAAUCCUCCUGUCCCUCUUCCUCUUUCAGAACGCUUCGUUGAUGGAUUUUCGAACGUUGGACAUAUGGAUGUCACGUGGAUCACACGUGGAUUCUUCUUCCAUUCUUCUUCCGUAUUUUUCGCAUAGAUCUUUUCGAAUAUUCUCCGAUCUUCGAUUCUGAAUUUUCCCGAUUUUGAACAAACGCUGUUUAAAAGUAUUUUUCAAUUCUUCGAAAGAGGGAUCUCCCCGUCGAAAUACGGGGUUACGCGUUACAAUUGUAAAUUGUAACGAGGGAAAAAUUCGCGGCAGAGUUGCUUGAACCGACGAAUUUAGAAAUUGCAUGUUCGCCAGGAAUUUCUUAUAGCGUUUGGCAAACAGAACCGAUAUUCUCAACAGAAUCUCGUACGAUCCUUACUAUUUCUGUAAUAUCUUUAUCAUUAAUCCCAACGCAAUUAACAUCCUCAUCCUCGUCACAUCAAUCAUUAAGUGGAUCCGAUUCAAUCCAAUUCAAAUCCAUUCGCAUAAGCCAUCCUCCAGUCCUUCAUCUAUCAAUUUCCACUUCUUCAACCCGCCCCCAAAAAAUAUUUUCCACGAAACGGGGGCUAGAUUCUUCCCUCGUUCGAUCACUAUCUUUCAACUUCCACUCUUCUUCGACUCUCUUUAAAAAAAACAAAAAAAAGAAAAUAGCUAUUUUCCACGCAACGAGGACUCGAUUCAUUGGUUCGAAAACUGGGGCGAAAAUUCUUACGAAAACUCUUACGUUUCCACCUCGUAUCCAUCCGUUAUAAACAAAUGCUCGAGACGGAGACUAUCGUACUAUGAGAUACGCGCACGUAGCGGCGUCGGUAUUUGGCAAACGGUGACAACGUCGUGGACACCACCUCCGGUUCGUCUGCGAGCCCAGGUACCCCAGACCGCUGUUUCUACCACUUCGUCCCGUCUUCACUGUGUCUCUGUCCACGACGUUCAUCCUUCCUCCCUCACCUUACUCGUCGUUAUCGUCAUCUACGUACAUUUUUCCUCUUCUUCUUCUUCUUCUUCCUCCUCCUCCUCCUUCUCCUCCUUCUCCUCCUCCUCCUCUCCCUCUCCGCCCUCCUCCACUUCUCGGGCCAGCUUCUCGCUCCUUCUUCUUCCGCUCCACGCACUCGGUCGUCUCCCAUUUUCCGUCUCUCGCUUCACUCGCUUCUCUCUUCUCGCGUAAGUGAGGCACGAGGAGAGAAGGGGCAAAGACGCUUUUAGACACGGAGCGUCCACGAGCGUCGCGACGCCUUGAGAAGCAGUAGUCGCGUACCUUAGGCAGCUUCCACCUUGCCGGCUCGCGGCCGCACGUAACGUGAUUCUCCUCGACGUCUGUUCCAUCGUCAUCGUGUCGCGUUCCACCCUCGAAUUCUCGCUUCCUCGAUCGUUCUUCGACUCGCUCCGGAGAAUAUAAUUGAAGGAGUGGAUCGUGCGGGAGGAACUCGACACCCAUCCUCUCCAACACGGAGAUACAUAUCCCGCAGAAGAGUCGAAAGUUGAAAGUUUCGGAAACUUUGGAAACUUUGUGCGCGAGAAUCGUUAGGAAUCGUUCAUCAUAAAAUUGUGACGAUGAGGAGUCUAUGAGGGAUUUGUGAAAGGUGGAUGGUGGACGGGAGGAUCGAUUUGGAGGCGAGGGACAGCGUGUCGUUCCGCGGCAUCCGUGACGAUAGUCGGAUGCGAAGGAGGAGGUGCAGGAAGGGAGAGAGAAAGAGAGAGAGAGAGAGAGAGACAGUGGUUAGCUGAAUCCGCGAAGUCUAAAUUAAUCUGGAGCCCGUUUUGUUGUUGAAGUUUUCGACGGCCCUGCUGCUAGUCGGCGUAAAAAGAGCGUAAAAGUUUCGUACCGCGGAAUAAAAAUAAUCGUACGAUAUCGGGAGAACCGAGAGAUCCGAGAUCAGCCUCCGUUCCCGAAGAAUUACGUGUUCUUACCGGUCGGGAACGACCUGUAAAUUUCCUCCGCUCGAUGAACAAGUGGCCGUUCUGGCGUUUUUCCCUUUUUUCUUUCCUAUUUUUUUCUACCUUAUAGAGAAGAACGCGCUUCUAUCUGUACUUUCCUCCGAGAGAAGGAGAAGGAGAAAGAGAGAGAGAACAUUUUCGUAUUUUCCUCAACGAGCAUUCCGUACACGUAUCCUCCUCGAUGUUGCUCCCUCAAGUGUAAACGGGCAGGUUGGCCAGCCUAAAUUCGCCCAAAUUUCCGCUCGUUUCGUCUCACGACACGAUAUAUCCUCCUCCUCCUCCUCCUCCCCGAAGAAACUGCGUCACUCAUCGAUCAGAGGAGAGAAACUUCGCCUCAAUUUUUCACCGUUCACCCGACUCAGUUCCACCUCGGUUACCUCAGAGAGUGUGCACGCGAGAGUGUACAGCGAGCAGUCCCGUCCAUCCCAUUCUCGACCAGCAGGGAAGACUCGUUUUCGCGACUAUCUUUUCCCCCUUUCUCCCGUGUUUUAAUGUGUCCUCCCUGAUCGGGGAGGGGAGGGGGAGGAGCGAGAGCGGUCGUCCCCCUCGCGAGUGAAUGUCGCGAGUGUGGCCCGGUCUCUAUAAUGGUAUAGAGUGGACCGUUCGGAGCGAACGACGAUCGACAAGUCGGUGGUUGUGGUUGAUCGCGUUCAAAGAGUAAGGAUAAUACGGCGAAAGUGGUUCGCGUGGCGAGGAAGGAAAAGGACGCGGCCAUGGCGGAGCGUCCUGGGGGUAGGAGGCGUUCGAGGAGGGACAGCGUGGAGACGGGUGGCUCGUUGCGGGGUACGCCGCCGACCUCGAAGGAACGAAGGACGAAACGGUCGAGCAAACCGUCGAAAGAGCGAUGGCUGCUCACGAGGAAGACGUGGAGGUACAUGGCCGACGCCGGGAGACGACUGAUCCCGGAUGGGGCGCACAACAGGCCCGAGGAUAUUCCGAAGAUCGAGCAAUACUUUCAAGAGGUGUGCCAGAAGGAGCCGAGGUUUCUAUUGUGGAGGAAAGCUUCGUAUCCGGGGACGUUGGGCUUUCGUUCCCAGAGGCGGCGAAGGCAGGUGAAGGGCGGCAGUUGUCGUACGAAGGCCAGCUCGGCCGACGAGGCGGACGACGCGAGGAAUCCGCCUCGAGGCUUCGUCCUUCAGACCACCACCGCGGGCAAGUUCGACCUUGCCAAAGCUAAGAGGGAGUGGUUGCUCGCGACCGAGGGGGGCAGCACGCCGUCCAGCCCCGUGGAGCGGAGGAAAUUCCUGCAGGAGGACUCGGAGGUGAAAGCGUUGGCCGAUAUGCUGCAGAAGUACCUGAACAUGCAGAGCGAGGUCGGGGGCGCGAUGAGAUCGAUGGCGCGAUCGGGGGUGGUGGGCGAGGGGGAGGGGAAGGAGCCGUUCGAUUAUCAGAACCUGAUAACCAGGUUGCAGCAACAUUUGGAUUUAAUGAUCGCUCAGGCGAAACUCGAGGAGCUGUCCGUCCAACGCGCCGCCACCGACAAGGACGCUAGGGAGAAGAUACCGAGAUCGAUGCAAUCGUAUCAAGGUGACUACGUGCACAAAUCGUUGAUGGAGACGAUCAGCCGCCACUACAGCAAGUCCGGGACUCGGGAGCACGUGAUCUCGGCCAUUCUCACCGAUCGAAAGCUGUUGGAGAAACUGUACUUCGAUCUGAGGUGUACCAGAGGGUUCAGGGGGCCACGCGUUACCGGCGCGUACACGUCGCCGUCCUCGCGCUGGUGGACACACCAACGGCCCAGAGUUGCGUCCAAGGAUUCGGCGGAAGACUGGCUUUCGAAAAGGGAUCCUAUCUCCCCGCCGUUGAUAGCCGUCCAAGAGCCGAGCACCGAUCACGGCCCGGUCGAGGACGGGGUGCAAACGGACCCCGUUCCCCGCGAAGUUCUCGACGCCGUCCUCCUCGAGAGGGAGAGGGAGGAAUCGAAGGAGGUUGCGCCCGUGCACAAGUCGACUGGUCGUAGGCGGAGCAGCGUGGACAACGAUGACGUUUCGCCGUCUGUCAGCGACACCAUCAAGAGGUAUCUUCGAAUGGCGAGGAAAAAGUCGAUGGACGCCGACAAGGUGGACAGAUUCAAACGGGUGAACUACGACAGAAACUUGAGGAACAUCAAGGCCAAAGGGGAGACGACGAAGCUCGGCGACGAUGACGGGAACAACAAGGGUUGCCAGACCGAAGACAACUGGGCCGUUAAUUACAGGGAGAUGUCCUCUGUCGAGAAUCCGUCGGAGAAUCUAUCGGACGGUGACACGGCCACGUCUCCGCCGAGUAGGAACGCGAGCUCGAGGAGCAGCAUCGACGCCGGCCUCGGCUCUGAAGAGCCGUUAACCCCUAAACACCAUCAUCACCAGUCCUUCCUUUCCCAUCUCCUGCACGGUUCCAACGCGCACAAGGAUAAACCGCAUUCGGCACCCGGUUCGCCGGCACUCACGUCAUCGUCCACCAAUUCCGCAGGUGGCACAGCGAUGCAGAAGAGCAAAUCAUCGAGCAGCGUGGUGCAUCACGGUAGCCGGCUGGUGGCAAAGAAGAUAUGGAGGUCCAGAAGCAAGAGCACCUCGAGGGCGUCCAAUCAACCCUCCGUGUGGACGCCGCAGGGAAAGUGUACCUGGGCGGGAACCACUGGACGACGGGUCACCCUGCAGGAUACACCGUUAAGGUCGUUGUCAGAAAUCGAAAGAAAAGUGUUGUGCAAGGUGGCUGUUGCAAAACUUCAGGCCCUUAAUUUGGGUGUUCACAUUAGGCCACCCAGCGAAUCAUUCGGUAGCAAUACCGUUGUCACGAAGCCCAAGAGAAGAGCACCUUUGCUCAAGAGGAAAGCUCUUACCACAGGCUUUUUCGACAAUAAGGGAAAAGACGAUAAGGAAAAGGAUUCGCCCGGUGGCCUGGUAUUUGGCAUACCGCUGUCGCAGUGUUUGGAGAACGAUAGGAUCGCUAGAAUCGCCGCUGGUGAGGUCUCGGAUGUUGGCUGCUUGUCGAGGAGCAGCAGACACGGCAGCAGAACGAGUUUCACGAGCCUGAUCGAACCGACAGUCGCUGCUAAGACAGACGAGGGUGGUUCGUCCGAGUCGCUGUCGUCGAAAGGUGGAGCUUUAACCGGAAGCGACUCUGGGGUGCUCGAGCUGAGCGACAGCGGUGGAGGAGGCCCUCCAGGGGAAUGGGACGCGGUUCCAGGAAUAGUCAGACAAUGCAUCAGGCACCUGGAAAACACCGGUCUCCGGACACUGGGCGUUUUCCGGGUGUCGCCUUCGAAGAAGAGGGUCAGACAGUUGAGAGAAGAUUUCGACUGUGGUCGCGAGACAAAAAUCGGACCCGAUCAAUGUCCGCACGACGUGGCAGCCCUUCUAAAGGAGUUUUUUCGUGAUCUUCCCGACCCUCUGCUGUGCAGGGAUCUCUAUCAAGCUUUCGUCCACACGCAAAAGAUCCGGAACAGGAGACUUCAGCAAGAGGCACUUCAGCAUCUCAUCCAACUGCUGCCAACGCCGAACCGCGAGACUCUUUGGGCACUUUUGAACUUCCUCAACGUGGUGGCGGCGAACAGCGAAGAUCAAAAGAACGAGAGGGGUGAAUGGGUGGCUGGGAACAAGAUGGACACGACCAACUUGGCCACGGUGUUCGCCCCAAACAUCCUCCACUGCGUGAAGCCAGGGCAAAGGUCUGAGGUGUCCGCGGAGAGGGCAGAAGAAAGGAUAGACGUGAUAAACGUGGUCAGAGCCCUUUUGGAACAUGCCACCACGUUAUUUACAGUGCCAGCAGCCCUUCUGGACGAGGUCUACUUGCACAUGAUGGACACCCAUCCGGCCGAUUUGGAUCUUGCCCUUUCUCGACGUGUCGAAGAGCAAUGCGGUGACGAGGUGGAUCCAUGCAGCGAGGCUGAAAACUUCUCGGUCGAGGAGACGACGCUUACGACGUCGACAACGACCACGGCCGGGACCACCACCUCGACCAGAAAGGUAUGGACCAGGGAGCAGUGUCUUCAUCAGACGGCAGGCGUGGGCGGUGAUAUAGGUCCAAGGCCGAGGCGGCCAAAGAGGCCUGGAAGCCGACGAAAGGAGGAGGGAAGGAGCAAUAGCGUGGACAGCGGGUCGAGCGAGGAUCCAGCUGACCCGCGAAGAAGAUCCUCGCCUAUGGUGAUCACCGCCAGCCUCACCAUACCGAUGUCCGGAGCGUUCACGUUGAACCUCGACGAUCCGGACAUACCUUACAUCGAGGAGACUCCGAAGCAGCCUAGCGCGCCUCCAAGAAGGCAGAGGCAACGAUCGAUUUCCGGUUGCAGCGAAGGUGGAAGGCACGGAAGCGACAGCGCCGUGGGCUCUUCCGCCACGUUGUCGGGUGACCAGGUGCCGAGUUCUCCACCCUCGUGGGCGUCAUCGCCACCGGCGAGCCCCGACAGCGCGGUGACCGCCGUCUCCUACAUCCCCGACCAACAGGCCGUUCUCCAAAGGGUGUCGUUCACGACGUCGAGCGAGGUGCGCCAGGUGACCAGGUCGAGCAGCAGCCAGGAGACGUCGAGGAGCACCGCGGCCCCGUACACGCCGAGCAUCACGAGCAUCGGCGGUGCGGUUUUGAGGUCCAAGACCGCCGAUAUCGAGAGGAUGUUGCAGAUUUCCAGACCGGAUACCGGGAUCAGCCUGUCGCAGCAGGCCAAGACCACUUCCUCAUCCUCCUCGGAGAGCAAGAAAUACACGAAGAGGCGCUACACGGAUUCCAGACACCAAACUCGUCACAUCCCCGAUUCCGACACGUUGGCGGGGAAAAACACUGUCUCGGUUUCGUCCUCGUCCUCCGUGACAAUUUCCUCCGCGUCCUCGGCGGCAGGCGGGCAAAACCAACGAGGUGGGGCAGCGCAACCGGUCUGGAAACGACGGGAACUCAUCUCCAGCGCGCCCAAAGACAGGGAGGGCUACUUCUGAACAUCCCCGGUCGAAUCGAAUUUCCGUGGAUCGCCUCUUUUCAGAAGACCAACGUUUCUUUCCCCGGAACACAAUUUUUUCGUAUCGAUUUUUUGGCAAUGUUUGAAAAGAAUCGAAAGGGAAUAUAGAAUAUUCCUGCAUUGAUAGAAAAUUUGACAGGGAAUGCAAAUUGUAAAAAUUGAACCAAUUAUCGAGAUAUGAACUAUCGAUGGAAUAUAAAAGACGAAUAUAAUGGGAACGAGUGAACCAUGAUGCAUUCAAUGAAACGCUCUUUGAUAUAAUACUUUGAAUAAUAUAUUCUUUCGAUCGAAUUUCGAAAAUUUCGCACGUUGCUCGAACGUAAGACCAUUUCAAACGUGCCUUCAAUCAUUAGGAUUCUUCUGAAACGUUAUAAAUAAUUGAUCCUCGAGCAACGUACGAGAGAACAGAUUGUGCUACAAUCUCUUUCUACUUGUUACUUGAGAGAUCUCAGAAACGACAGAAUUUACGACAAUCCACGAAUUGUUCCAAGGGAAAUAAAAUUGAAAGAGGUCCAAACCAAGGAUAGGAUUCGAUAGGCCAAGAAAAAAAGAAAGAAAAAAAAGUGUAAAAAAAACAAUAUAGUCACUGCCGAUCAGGCGUGGCCUGGCAAAAGUGUUCCUCGACGCGUUCCUCGUUUCGAAAACCGAGUGAACCGUUUCGUAUUCGACGUGUAUUCGUGGGGUGUCUAUUGGUUCCUAGACUACCGUCCUCGCGCUCUUAAAGAUCUCCGUGACGAAACGCACGAAACCCUCUUCGAAAGUCUCUAUCUGUCUCAAUCUUUCUUUUAUCAUUUCAUCCAUCUCCACUCGUUCGCUCGAAUCGAGAUCAAUCGUUCGAACGAGAGAUUAAUCUUUCUACGAUGCGGUUAAUUUGUACAAAAAAAGAAAGGAAAAAAAGAAAGAAAAAAAAAGAAAAGAAAAAAGAAAAAGGAAAAGGUGAAACGAAUCGAUCUUGUACGAAUCUACGAACGUAACAUUCUAAUGUAGUAGCGACAUCGUUAGUGGCGAUUUGUAAAUUAUUUUUAUUACUCUAGAUCCGAGAAUCCCCUUCUCUCUCUCUCUCUCUCUCUCUCUCUCUCUCUCUCUCUUUGUCUCUUCCAAUGUAAACUCGCGAAAGAAACAGAUUUGAAACUAUGACAAAGGAGCGACGAAUCCUCGACAAGCCAAAGUUACGAAAGAAGACUAGUCUUAAGUCCAUUGAAAUCUCGUGUCGGGCCAUUCUAUCUCUCUAGAUCAGUCGAGCAUUCAUUUCCGUUCAAAUAAAAACGAAUAACGCGUCUCGUUUUAUCCGUAUCCUUCUUCUCGAGGCGUGGAUUUCGUAGAUUAUUAUUAUUUUUGUACAGUUACAGGUAUCUAACCGAACCGGGUAGCUCGUGAUCAAGAAAGAAACGACAAAGGAUGAGAACAGUUCAGAACAACCAACGAAUCUUUUCUUUUCUCUCUCUCUCUCUCUCCUUCUCCUCCUUCCUUCACCCUUAUUCGAUAUUCUUUCCUCCCUCCAUUCGACGACAUCCCUUCCGAUCGUUCCGUUCUUCGUGCACGAGAAGAUGCGUUGAAAGAAUCCGUGUACUGCCGUGAGGGACGCGUGGCCCGAAAGACGCUGUUGUUCGUGUCGUUUUAAGUUUUCAUUUUCAGUCUGUAAGCUAAUAAAUGAAACGUUAAUUUUUUUACCA